AUGUCUCCCUUUCUUCGUAUUGGUUUAUCCAACUAUGACAGUGGCUCUUACCUGCCGUCCCAGGGGGAGGUGAUUAACCCUUACUGUGCUGUGAUGGUUAAAGAAGCAGUAGAAUCAGAAAAUGGCCAGGUGUAUGUGCAGAAGAAGCCCACUAUGUACCCACCUUGGAACAGCACUUUUGAUGCCCACAUCAACAACGGCAGGGUCAUGCACAUUGUCGUCAAGGACAAAAGUGCCGAAAUGGUUUCAGAGACAACAGUGGAACUCAAGGUUCUGGCUGAGAGGUGCAAAAAGAGCAAUGGGAAGACAGAGAUAUGGCUAGAACUGAAACCUCAAGGGAGAAUGCUGAUGAAUGCGAGAUACUUCCUGGAAAUAAGUGAUGCUAAGGACAUCAUUGACUGUGAGACUGAAGGCUUUUUCUCCUUGCACCAGCGGAGAGGAGCCAUCAAACAGGCCAAAAUCCAUAAUGUCAAGUGUCAUGAGUUCACUGCCACCUUCUUUCCGCAGCCCACCUUCUGCUCUGUCUGUCAUGAGUUUGUGUGGGGUCUGAAUAAACAAGGCUAUCAGUGCAGGCAAUGUAAUGCUGCCAUUCAUAAGAAGUGCAUUGAUAAAGUAAUAGCCAAGUGUACAGGAUCUGCAAUCAAUAGCAGAGAAACAAUGUUCCACAAGGAGCGGUUCAAAAUUGACAUGCCUCACCGCUUUAAAGUCUACAACUACAAGAGCCCCACUUUCUGCGAGCACUGUGGCACACUCCUCUGGGGCCUUGCACGGCAAGGCUUAAAGUGUGAUGCAUGCAGCAUGAAUGUCCAUCACAAGUGCCAAACAAAAGUAGCAAAUCUUUGUGGAGUUAACCAGAAACUAAUGGCUGAAGCCCUGGCAAUGAUUGAGAGUACGCAACAGGCUCGCUGUCAGCGUGACACUGAACAGAUCUCCAGGGAUGGACCUCUUGAAAUUGGCUUCCCUGUUCUUGUGAAGGAGGUAACACAGCUUCAGGCAGUGCCAGCAUCUACAACAGGAAAAAAAGAACCACAGGGCAUCUCCUGGGAGACUCCAGUGGAGGGCACAACGAAGGGAGAAUCUCUCAUAGAGCCAGACUCGAGAGGAGAAUGGCCCCAGGACCAGCAAGGGCGGCAAGUGCUGCUAAAAUUAACCAUUGAAGAUUUUGUCCUGCACAAGAUGCUGGGGAAGGGAAGUUUUGGCAAGGUGUUCCUCGCUGAGCUGAAGAACACGGACCAAUACUUUGCCGUGAAAGCCCUGAAGAAGGAUGUGGUGCUGAUGGAUGAUGAUGUUGAAUGUACGAUGGUGGAGAAAAGAGUCCUCUCCUUAGCUUGGGAGCACCCGUUCCUGACUCACGUCUUCUGUACGUUCCAGACCAAGGAAAACCUCUUUUUUGUGAUGGAAUACCUCAAUGGAGGAGACCUCAUGUUCCAUAUCCAGAGUUGUCAUAAGUUUGACCUUCCCAGAGCAACGUUUUAUGCUGCUGAAAUCAUAUGUGGACUGCAGUUCCUCCAUUCCAAAGGGAUAAUAUACAGAGAUUUGAAGCUAGACAAUGUCCUCUUGGACAACGAGGGGCACAUCAAAAUUGCUGACUUCGGGAUGUGUAAGGAGAACAUGUUUGGAGAUGCAAAGACAAGCACUUUCUGUGGAACUCCUGACUAUAUUGCUCCUGAGAUUUUGCUGGGGCAGAAAUACAACUCCUCCGUUGACUGGUGGUCCUUUGGUGUCCUCCUGUAUGAGAUGCUUAUUGGACAAUCUCCUUUCCACGGCCAAGAUGAAGAGGAGCUUUUCCAGUCUAUCCGCAUGGAUAACCCAUUCUACCCUCGCUGGCUUGACAAGGAUGCAAAGGAAAUUCUGGUGAAGCUUUUUGUGAGAGAACCUGAGAGGAGACUGGGAGCAAGAGGGAACAUCCGCCAACAUGCCUUUUUUCGGGAAAUAAACUGGGAGGCUUUAGAAGAAAGAAAGAUGGAGCCUCCUUUCAAACCCAGAGUGAAAUCUCCAAGUGACUAUAGCAAUUUCGACAAGGAAUUUCUGAAUGAAAAGCCUAGACUGUCCUGUGCUGACAGAGCACUGAUUAACAGCAUGGACCAAAAUAUGUUCAGCAACUUUUCUUUUGUGAACCCUAAAAUGGAGAAGAUAUUUUCCUGA